UAUAUUGAGCUAAAUAAUUGAACGCACGAGUCAGACAGUCUGCAGUACAGUUACAGACAAGGCUCGUACCUCAGACAGUUUGUAGUUCAACUUGAAGCGGAAAGCUGAAGAAUUAGUUAGAUAGUAAUUAGUUCACUUAAGCGUUCUUCUAGCAUAAAUGAGAGCUAUGUUUCGUCUGUGCUUCAUUGUCUUGGCAAUAGCUGUGCUUGCUUCAACAACAAAUUUAUUUUGUACACUGAAGUGUCUAAAACUUGGAGCGCAACACGGCGCCUGUGUAAACCCGAAUGGCCGACUAAGCGGCGACUGUCCACCAACGACUAGAAUACUCAACAUGAAUUUGAAUGGCUAUAAGAAAUUCCUACUAGACCAGCAUAAUCAAUUGCGCAAUACAAUUGCUGCUGGACGCAUAACUAAACUGCCGAAAGCGAAUAGAAUGGGUGAGGUCUUUUGGGAUCGUCAAUUGGGCUUUCUCUCUGUCUUUAGCAGCAAACGUUGCAGUCUAAGUGAUCCGUAUUGCUAUCGCACUGGUUUGCUGUCGAAUCCGGGACGUGUUGCCACAAUAUUUCAAUUCCUUAACAAAAGUGAAGUCAAGCCAGCUAAUGUGAAAUUAAAAAUUGCUGAAUGGUUUGAGGAAAUCAAUGAAACGGCCAACGCCUUCAAGGAUAUAUUUCCACCGCAUGCGGACAAAGUUUUGAAUGUCGCACACAUUAUUCAAGAGGAAAAUAAUCGCAUUGGUUGCUCCAUGUCGCAAUGGACGAGUAAAGAUGCCAACGAAACGCUACUUUUGGUUUGUCUCUAUGCAACCGAUUUGAAAAACAAUUCACCACUAUAUGCUGUGGGUCCACCGGCCAGUAGAUGUCUCUCAAAACGAAGUAUUUUAUAUAGCAACCUAUGCAGUAUUAAUGAGGAUUAUGAUUACUCGGAAGGCCUGCCGCAGAGUGUAAAUACACAUGCAACAGUUGUAGACCCUUUCUAUAAAAGAACCAGUUCAACUCAUAAGCAAAAACUAAUCGAGAACUGUCCACCUGAUACUAAGAUCAUGCCAUUAGAUGAUAUACAAGCCAUCAUAUUAAAAUUGCACAAUGAACGACGUGACUUUGUGGCAAGCGGCAAAGACGAACGACUACCGCCCGCUGCACGUAUGGGUGAGCUAUUUUGGGAUGAUGAAUUGGCCGACUUAGCUGAAUUUAGUGUAAGACGUUGUCUUAUCAGUGAUCCACACUGUUAUACCACGCCCACAUUGCCCAAUCCGGGACGUAGUGCAAAUAUUUAUAAGUUUGAGAAAAUACAAGUGCCAUUCGAAGAGUUAGUGCCGUCACGCGUAGUUGAAUGGCUGGAAACAUCGAGAGAGUGUACAGCGGAAAUGGCAGCGGACUUUCCAGAGAAGCCGGAAGGGCAUGUCGACUUCUUCGGUCGCGCCAUAACAGAUAGCAAUAACCAAGUUGGUUGCGCGGCAUCCGAAUGGGUCAAGAAAUCAGAUAAAUACUUUUUACUAGUUUGUCUCUAUACGAAUGAUGUGAAACCCGGUGAACGUUUAUAUAAAUUUGGUCGACCUGGCUCAAGAUGCAUGCAUACUUUAGCAAUUCUAUUGAAGAAUGCACUAAUAAUGACAUUUGCAGCUGCUGCAAAAACUCACGCCGAUUAUUGCAAACUCGGUUGUGCGUUGCCCAACACGGAGCAUGCGGUUUGCGCCAAUAAAGAUAAGCAACUCAUUGAGAAUUGCCCAUCGGAUACCAAGAUCAUCUCAUUAAAUGAUAUGCAGUCCAUCAUAUUAAAAUUGCACAAUGAACGGCGUGAAUUUGUGGCAAGCGGCAAAGAUCUGACGUUACCCCCCGCUGCGCGUAUGGGUGAACUAUUUUGGGAUGAGGAAUUGGCUGACUUAGCUGAGUAUAGUGUAAGACGUUGUCUUAUUAGUGAUCCACACUGUUAUACUACGCCAACUUUACGCAAUCCGGGACGUAGUGCAAAUAUUUACAAGUUCGAGAAAACAGAAGUGCCAUUCGAGGAGUUAGUGCCGUCACGCGUAGUUGAAUGGCUGGACACAGCAAAAGUAUGCACGCCAGAAAUAGCUGCGAAGUUUCCAGAGGACCCACAAGGCCAUGUCGACUUCUUCGCUCGUGCCAUAACUGAUAGCAAUAACCAAGUUGGCUGUGCUGCAUCGGAAUGGGUGAAGGAAUCAAGUAAAUAUUUUCUCUUAGUGUGUCUCUAUACAAAUGACGUGCAGGCGGGUAAAAGUUUAUAUAAAUUUGGACGACCUGCCUCGAGCUGCUUAUCGGGGUCGAGUAGCCAGUAUAAAAAUUUAUGCAGCAGCAAAGAAAUCUACAAAACUGAUAAUUCAAUGCACGAACGUAGAAGGGUUUCGGGUUCUAAUUCGCAUCGCAAAUAUGGUACAGAUUACAAGGCACCCGAAGGCAGUCUUUGGCACUGCGGAGAUCAGACUAAAAAUAGCAAAAUGAAUUUGUUAGCGCUUCUCAUUUUAAAUAUGGUCAUGAUGGCAACUGAAGUUGCUUCAAAAACUGAAAUCGAUUAUUGCAAACUGGGUUGUGCGAAACCCAAAAUGCAGCAUGCUGUUUGUGCUAAUCGCGAUAAGGAACUAAUUGAGAAUUGCCCAAAAGACGCUAAGAUUUUAUCAUUAAAUGGAAUGCAGCAUAUCAUAUUACAGUUGCACAAUGAACGGCGUGAAUUUGUGGCAAGUGGUAAGAAAGAAUUGCUACCGCCCGCUGCACGUAUGGGUGAACUAUACUGGGAUAAGGAAUUGGCCAACUUAGCUGAGUAUAGUGUAAGACGUUGUCUUAUUAGUGAUCCACACUGUUAUACUACGCCAACAUUACGCAAUCCGGGACGUAGUGCAAAUAUUUAUAAGUUCGAGAAGACAGAAGUCAAAUUCGAGGAUUUGGUGUCGUCACGCGUAGUUAAUUGGCUGGAUACAGCGACAGAGUGUACAGCGGAAAUAGCAGCUAACUUUCCAGAAGAUAUACCCGGACAUGUUGACUUCUUCGGUCGUGCCAUAACUGAUAGCAAUAACCAAGUUGGCUGUGCCGCAUCGGAAUGGGUGAAGGAAUCAAAUAAAUAUUUUCUCUUAGUGUGUCUCUAUACAAAUGACGUGCAGGCGGGUAAGCGGUUAUACAAGUUUGGACGCCCUGCCUCUAGAUGCCUGUCAGGAUCCAGUAAUCUGUACAAAAAUCUAUGCAGCACCGAGGAAAACUACAAAAUCGCUGAUGCAGUGCAAGCGCAUAGAAGGCUUUCGGAUUUUAGCUUCUUUUACAAAAAUGGCACAGGCUACAAUGCACCCGAAGGCAGUCUUUGGCAGCUAGUGAUGUGAAUUUAAAAUGUCUAUGUUCUAGCAUAUAAACAUAUAGCUAAACUACCUGAAGAAUUAGUAAUCGUUGUAGAAUAUUGAACUUAAAAUUUGUAUUUGUAUUGGAAUAUUGUAUAAGAUUCGAGAUAUGGAAAUGUAUUGCACAUCAAAUAAAGAAAUAAUAAGGUUUAGUCUUCUUCUUUUUAUUGUUUAUAGUUUAGUCUUUUCUAGAUAGAGGU